AUGCCAUAAAACAAUAUAGAAGAAGAAGAGGCAGAACGUGAACGGCUAGUGCUUUGGUUUGUUUACGUCGUGAAUAUAAAAUGUCACGAUUACAGUUCUUGAAUGUGUUUCUUACCGAACGAUUAACAGCGGUAGCUAUGGAGAUAUCCGUUGUACUUGAACAACAUUUAGGCGAGUACCAGGAAGAAAUCUCCCGUUCAAAUGAGGAGAACAAACGUCUACAGAGCCUGUUGGAUUUGGUUUUCAGCUCCGAAAUCAAGUUACAGCGCGAAGACUCCCAGCAGCUCUCUCUUCUGGUCUCCGAAGAGGCCGUUCCCCCUGAGCAGCAGCACUGUGAGGAGGAGAGUAGCCCCAGUCUGGGGCAGGAGGACCCAGAGCCCACACAGAUUAAAGGGGAACAGGAGGACCUCAGGACCAGUCAAGAGGAAGAGCAGCCUCAAGGGCUGGAACCUGAUACCAAAGACCUCUUGAUCCCUGCCUGUGUGAAAAGUGACUAUGAACAGGACCCAUCUCUGCCCUCACAUCUUGACCAAACCUUGGAGAACAGAGAGAGAGACUCUCAACCCACCAACACAACUGAACAGAUCAAAACAGAACCUGAUGGAGAGGACUACAGAGUAUCAGAACCAACCAGGGACUCUCAGCUCCUCUCUGAAGCCCAGGUAGAAAACAUAGAAGAACAUGUUGAUGGGAUGGAGAGACCCAUUCCCCCUCCCUUCUCUCCAGACUCCCAGCAGCCCUCUCUCCCUGUCUCUAAAGAGGAGGUUCCCCCAGAGCAGCAGGAGAGAAGCCCCAGGCUGGGUCUGGAGGACCCAGAGCCCACAAAACAAGAGGAACUCUGGACGAAUCAGGAGGAACAGCAGCUGGAAUCUGACAGCAGAGUAUCAGAACCAACCAGGGACUCUCAGCUCAUCUCUGCAGUAAAUCCAGAAUGUUCUGCAGCUCAGAGUGAAAAUGGUAAAGUUCAUCAGAGUCCCAGCACUUCUUCAGAACAAGUAAGAUUAUAUUUAAUUUAUUAUUAAACAUGUUCAAAGGCACUCAGCACAAAAAAAAGCAGCAUUUAAUUCCAGAGACUACAUGAGAUUUUGAAAGCAAUAGCAGAAAAUGCCUCACUUAUAUUGAAUUAGAUAUUACUUAAAUACUGCAAGUCAAAUUAUACUCCAACAUUAAGAGAAUGGAAGAAUCAAACAUUUUAUUAUUUAAAUAUUGAAUACAAUCUUUCUACAGACAGAAACAACAUAAAAUGGCCCCUUUUUUAAACUUGUUUUUCAACCCCUGAGAAACAGACAGUUACUGAAGCGUCCCUGGAGCAGUUUAGUGGUUCUGUGUCUUGCUCAAGGACACAACAGCAGGAGGAUACCCAAAAGCCUACCAGAAUUGUUCCAUUCAGACUUGGGAUUGAAAACAGUGACUUUCCAGUUGCAGGUCUGCUUCUAAGGACAUGAUCAAUGAAAUGUUACCUGGCUAAAACCAUUUACUACAACUACUACAUUAAACUGUUUUCCUUAGCUCGCUGACCAACCUAGUGUUGGGCUAAGGUUAGCAAAAUUCACAGGUUUUUCAGAAAUCCUGGUUGAAAUAUUCACAGAAUCAGAAGGGAUUAAGCAUGAAAUCCAGAAUCCUUUAUCCAGGAUUUCCAGAAUAGCUGUGAGUUUUGGGAAAGCUAUCAGAAUUUUGCAACCCCAGUUGGGCUUUAUUAAAGUUACUAUUAAUGAUCA